AUGGAACAUCAGGAUCAACACCCCCUCAACAUCGUCAACAACUCAUCAACGGGUCCAAUUAUGGAGACAGAAAAGGAGAAAUUAUUCCAUGAGGAGUUCAUGGAAAAUAGCAUUCCGAUAGAAGGGAAAAACCCGCCGACCUACCUUCUUCCAUUUCGGCCCAUCACUGCUAAAGGAGACCGAUACCGAUUGGGUGAAUAUCAGGAAAGCGGACGAUGCAUGAAUAUCCUCUUCCUCGGCUUCACUGGAUCAGGGAAGUCCAUGUUGGUGGAGACGAUGGGAAAUUAUGGGUUGGGAGUAGAUUUCCGAGAUCCCUACCGAUUCCAAGUGAAGAUGGAAGAAUCCACAGACAGAAGCAUCUCCCACACAUUCUUCGCUAGAGACGCUCGAAGAUUCCCCCGUCCGGUCAGUCUCAUCGACACUCCGGGCUUCCAAAAGGGAACGGAGCAAAUCUGUACCUUCGUCCACUCCAACUAUCUGGACGUCCACGCUGUCGUUUACGUCGUCCAAGGCUCCCAGGGCUACCCUUUGAAAUGGCUUCUUUACCAAGAAGCAGUUGCCAUCAAUAAGAUCCCCAUCCAAGGGUGACAUUCUGUGCUUAUACACGG